AGGAUUUGGUAAUGGAGAGUUAGGUAAAGGGUAAAAACACUAAGAAAAAGAUAUGACUCAUCCUGGCUUAACUCCUACUGUUACACGGAUGUUACAUGAUAAGUUGUACGAGAAGAGAAAAGUUGCCGCUUUGGAAAUUGAGAAACUGGUAAAGACCUACACAAGUAAUGAAAACACCCAGGAUAUUCAACGGGUAAUUUCUCUGCUUGCUGCGGAGUUUACCCUCUCACAAAACUCACAUAGUAGAAAAGGUGGAUUGAUAGGCUUGGCAGCAUGUGCAAUUGCAUUAGGAAAUCAGCACAUCCAACCACACCUUGAGAGUUUGAUCAAACCUGUGUUAAUUUGCUCAUCUGACCCCGACAGUAGAAUGCGAUACUUUGCAUGCGAAUCACUUUACAAUAUUGUUAAAGUAUCAAGAGCCGACACUUUACCAUAUUUCAGUGAAUUAUUCGAUGCUCUGAGCAAGUUGUCAGCAGAUCCUGAUCCCAAUGUAAGAAACGGCUCAGAUUUGUUGGAUCGAUUGUUAAAGGACAUAGUGACUGAGACCCCCACAUUUGACGUGACAGCCUUUGUUUCCCUUCUGCGUGAGCGAAUGUACACGAAGAAACAAUUUACUCGUCGUUUCCUUGUGCAGUGGCUCAAGUGUGUCAUGUCGAUCCCGGAGGUUGACAUCCUUGUCUUCCUCCCUGAGCUCCUUGAUCCUCUCCUCCUCAUCUUGGGUGAUCCAAGCAAAGAGAUAAGGAAUAUGUGUCAGAGCACACUUGGAGAAUUUCAAACAAUGAUUCAAAAAUCUCCGGAUAAAGUGGAUUUUAACAACAUGGCAAACAUCAUUAUCACUCACAGCCAAUCUGAAGAUCUUCUGAUCCAGGAAAGAUCAUUAAACUGGCUCGUUCACUUCAUCUCACUCGCUGGAUCAGUCGUCCUCAAAUAUUUAUCGGGAAUAUUGGGAGCCAUACUCCCAACUCUUGCCCAUGAGGAUGUUCAACAUAAAAAUAUCCGUGAAACAGCUAAGCGCGCGAAUGUAAGUUUGAUGAAACUGAUCACUCCUGCUUUGGAUAAGGAACAAACUGAUCAAACACCCAACACCAAUCUUCCACUGACAGAAAUAGUUGAUGUUUUCACGGAACAUCUCGAUUUUGAUUCAACUUACACUAAAAGUGCGGUGAUCAGGUGGAUUACUCACCUGCUUAUUAAAAUACCUUACAGUAUAUUUGAUCAUGUGGAAAAGAUAUUUACUGAGGUUAUGAAACGACUUUCAGAUCCAGCAGAUGAUGUUGUACUGCUAACAUUAGAAUGCAUGGCAGAGAUGGCUUCAUCUGUGGCAGGAACUCCCAUUGAUAGCCAAGUUUUUGUUGGCACAAGGCUUAAGUUAAACACGUCCCUCCAUACAUCGAACACGCCACUUGUGCUAAACGUUUAUUUCACCAAGUUUAUAUCGAGGUUGUUGAGAUAUUUUAAGAACGAUCAAGAUUUGCUGGAGAAAAGAAGUUCGUUUAUUAUUAGGCAGUUGUGUGCUCUCCUCCACGCUGAAAAUGUCUUCCGUGCUCUUUCCUCCUCUCUCACCUUCUCCAAGGAGCAACAGGAACUGGAGGAUCCUCGCUUUUGCUCCCAUGCCAUUAAAAAACUCAACACCAUCCUCAUGACUUCCAGCGAACUUUCAGAAUUGAGGGAAAAACUCAAAAAUAAAUCUGGAAAGGAAAACAGUGAUUUGUUUUGCUGUUUGUACAAAAGUUGGUGCCACAAUCCAGUUGCAGCUAUCUGCUUGUGUUUGCUAACACAGAACUAUCAACACUGCUGUACUUUGCUGCAGAAAUUUUCUGACUUUGAAUUAACGGUUGAUUUAUUGAUGGAGUUGGAUAAGUUGGUUCAACUUCUUGAGUCUCCAAUAUUUGCUUAUCUGAGGCUUCAGUUAUUAGAAGGCACAUGUAGACAACACCUUACAAAAUGCCUGUACUCUCUGCUUAUGUUGUUGCCACAGAGCCGAUCGUUUGACACCUUACAUCAUCGGCUUAAUUGUGUUCCGGACUCUACAUUACUACCUGCAUUAUCACAUGACUCAGAACCAGGCAACAGGCUGGUCGAUGUUGAUUUCAACCAACUUUUCAAGCAUUUUGUUGACGUCCAGCUACGUCACGCCGAAUUCAAACGUCAUAGUCGUCUCCAGGCGUCAAUCACGUGAUCGUGCGUCAAAUUUACGUCAGAAAAAUUUUUGUAUAAAAAAUAUUUCAAAAAAAUUUUUUUUUCGAAAUUUUAAUAGAUUUAAAAUUUUAAAAACCCUCAAUAUUUAGUUUAGUUCCAAUUUAAGCAGUAACAAAUAUCGAAAAUAUGGUGCAAUCUGUUGCCUUUGUCGCGCACUGUGAUACACUAUCAUUAGGUUCUGUUCCAGGAAGGCUUAUACUGCUUACUAUUCAAAUAUCUCGUGUUCUGUUAUGGAGACAUGUGCAAUAAAGUAUAUUAUAUUUGGAAAAA